AUGAAGAUCACGCUCUCGACGCUUUUGGCGCUUGCCGCGAUGGCGAUGGCCGACUCGACGCCUGCCGCCAAGGACAAGCCAGCCGAAGCCGCGCUUCCCAAGGGUGCUGCACCCAUGUCCCGUGACGCACUCAUGGAAAUGGACUACGAAGACUACCGCGGACAUCCCGACAUGAUGGACGAACACUGGCACGGACACGGUGGUCAUUGGCACGGACGCGGUGGCCACUGGCACGGACGCGGUGGUCAUUGGCACGGACACGGUGGCCACUGGCACGGACGCGGUGGCCACUGGCACGGACGCGGUGGCCACUGGCACGGACACGGUGGGUGGUAA